GUCCUCUGUUUCCUCUUUGCUGUCUCCAGUCGAGCAUCACCUUGACCAUGAAAACAAGUGCUGUUUUCCUGCUCCUCUUCCUAGCAAUUGGCUUCACCCAAGGCAAUACUGAGCCUGACGGAACUGCUGGCCAAGGAACAGAGGCAGCAUGUGGCAAUUACGACAUAGGGAAAGGUUGCACAAAGAACUUUGACCCCAUCUGUGGCACAGAUGAUGUCCUGUAUGGCAAUGAGUGCUUGCUGUGCGUUCAGAACAUGCAAAGACACACUAACGUGCGCAUAAAGAACAGGGGAAAGUGCCAAGAGCCCUCUCCACGCUCCAGAACUGCUUGAAAUUAAAGGCACAGCUGUGAUAGAGAAGAUGGCAUGAAGGUAUUCCUCACCUCUACAAACUCCAAAUAAACUGGAAGCAUGACAACUGCUCACUCUGGGAUUUCUCUUACACACAACACACCCUUUUCCCCAGCACUUAAAAAUACCUUCCUGAAAAACGUGGGGAACUUUGGUAACACCCACACAGAGUACUGAUGGAGCCCCAAGGAGAAAGUCCAGGUCAUUCCUAAGAACAAGGAGUCUCCCUAUAGCAUAAAGAAUCCCAUUUUCCUAAACUUCCCAUAGGGGAUAUUUUAAGCAUCCUCAUAACUUUGAGUGACGUUUGCUAAAAGCAAGGCAUCAAAGCCCUCACUCCAGGGCUCUGCCAGGACAAGAGGACCAACAGGUCCCCUCGGUGGUGGCAGAUCUGCCUUCUCCAUGCAGCUCAAUGGAGCACUGGCCCUGAGGGCCACGGCCACUCGGUG